UUUUCUGCACCGUUCAGCUGUUUUUCUUGAUCUGUAAUAUUUUCCUAACAUUUUCGACAGCAUCAUUCCGAAACAUAACGCCUUUAUAUGCGCAAAAUAUAUUGCGAUAUUAACACAAUACACUGUAAACAGUCAUAAUCUUCUCAGCAUUUUAAAAGAUACGGUCACAGACUUACUGGCGUGCAGAUCUUAUUGGUUCGUUAUUAAAAUUCCUGCUACGAAAGGCACAGAUACAGCAACGAACAGCCGUGCAAUACUGGCGAGUGGAUUUUUUUUAAGUUUAGGAUGUUUACCGGAUCAUGCGGUUAGCGUGGAUAACUGUGGUGGCCCUGCUGACGUCGUGGAACGUUGUAUGUCAAAAGACGACCACACCAAUAAAGAGCAUUUAUACCGAUCCGUGUCUGCACUGUAUCUUUGACAAAGCCGCAUGCCAAGAGGACAUAGCCGCGCACAAUUUGAACACAACAAGCAAGAUCGAUGGUGUCGGUUCCAGUUUUAUGUCGUGGUGCAAUGACGGUGCCUGUAUGAUUAAGGGUUUUGCGACGGGUCCGAAUUCCCCUUAUCGCUUGCAAUGGCGCACUUGCGGUCGCCAUCGCCCACCCAUGACCUUUUCCGAUACCACGUGGUUUAUCUGUAAGAAACGAGUCUACAGCCAAUGGGAUCCCACAUGGAGGAAUAUUGAGUGUUUCUGCCGUGGUGAUCUUAUGAAUUUCUGCAAUGGAAUGUACAGUGCUUCCUAUUUAGAGGAGAAGUUUAACUCACCGGAAUUUAAACAGAAAUACCUUGAUGAAUGGUUCGAUUUCGGCGACCCGCUACCGGUCCCAACAACCACCACCCCCACCACCACUACUACUACAGCUACCACCACUACGACGACAACACCAACUACUACGACAACAACAACUACCCCAACAACAACGACCACUACAACCACGCCCACAACCACAACGACGACUACUACCACGCCCACAACCAUAACGACGACUACUACCACGCCCACAACCACAACGAUUACCAGCACCACAACCAUUCCACGGCGGUACGCCACUGAAAAAUUUACGGAAUGGGUGACCGGCGCCAUGAACACCUGCUACCGGUGCGCAGCAUCUGCGGGCUGUGGUGACCUGCUGCGUUUGCCGACAUCGGCAGCCCUGUUUUGCGAAACAGCGAUUUGUGCCCUCACUUACAACGCAUCUGGAAACGAAGUAACUCGCGAUUGUCUUAAUGGCCCCAUCCCGCUUUCUGAUAUCGGAACAUCUUUACCGUAUCUAUGCCGGCGAAGCACCGACGUGGUCUUUGACUGUUAUUGUGUCCAGUCGUAUUGUAACGCUCACCCAGUGGCUGCAUUUUCCGCACUAACUGAUUCGAUGUAUGCGACAUUCCCGUUGAACGAAUGGUUUGGCUUCGAACCAGGGGCUGCGUACCCAACACCACCGAUUCCUACAACGACAGCAUCGCCACCGCCACGCGACGCGACGCCAUUGUCCUCUACAACGGAAGCGAAACAACCGUUGUGGAUCAAGUGGCAACAGCACUAUAUUGCCUACCCGGUGCCGGUGCUGUAUUUUUCCGGAUAUCCACAGCUUGGCAUAAUCAAAUCUUUGCCAGACGGCUGACAAGAACAGCUGCUCCAUAAAAUUUUCUUCGUAGGAUAAAACGGAAAAUAUUCACACCAGGAACAGAGAAACUAGUAGCUCAAUUGAACUUACUCUACUAGUCCGGUCGCGUCUGUCAAAAAUGCUGCAGAUACUUGUGUUACUCCUUGAGUUCUUGCUGUCGGCACAAUUCUCCAAAGUAUUUUCAUCCUUUACAAAUAAAAUGAGCCGUAAUACCAAUUAGCGAAAAAUUUAAG